CUAGUAGGUGCCGAAGAAGAUCUUCUGCAUGUGAUGUCUUAUGAAGAUUUUCCACCUUUACCUGAUUUUCCAUGCAUUUCAUCGUCACCCUCAUCUUCUUCUUCUUCUUCUGCACCACCAUCAACUUCUCCUGUGAAUCAACAACAUCAGCACCAUCGAUCGGCUACAUCUUCAGCAUCUUCAUCAGCUUCUUGGGCUGGCAAGUCUGAUCUUAAAGAAAAAGAAUAUCAUGGCAAAAACUUAUUAUCUACCGCAGAUUCAAUUGAGAUUCAACAAGAUGAGCUUAAUCGAUUAGAUUCUGGAGACUGCAUGGAUGUUAUGGAAGGUUUUAGUGAAAUGGGUUUGUUUGAUACUGAUGAUAUUUGGGAUCCCUCUUGUUUCUUUCCUUGUGAAGAAGAAGAAAAGGGGUUUGAUAAAGAGGACGAAAAGUGUUUGGUAGUCGGAGAAAAUGAUGAUAAUGAAGAGAAGAACAAUAAGCCAUCUGAAGAUCUUGCGUUGGUUUUCUUGGAAUGGCUAAAGUCAAACAAAGAAACCAUCUCUGCUGAAGAUUUGAGAAGUAUUAAACUUAAAAGAUCUACAAUUGAAUGUGCAGCUAAGGGACUUGGUGGAGGAACACAAGGAAUGAAACAGCUGUUUAAACUCAUCCUUGAAUGGGUUGAAAACAAUCAUCUUCAAAGGAAAAGAUUGAAAGAAGAAGGCCAACCUUCAUCCUUUCCAGCUUCUUAUAGCAGUCAUCAAAACCAUAACCCUGAUUCUCAUGAGUUCAGUUCAUUCACUCCUGAAUCUAAUUUUGUACCAACUGCUAAUCCAUGGAAUGCCUCACCAAAUGCAGUAGUACAUCCAUCAAUUUUUGUGUCUGAUCCUAUGGCAUCAGGACAUGAAGUUUAUCCACCACCGGAACCCAUGCAGGGUUUCAUCAGUGGACAUCCUUCUAUGUUUGUUCCACAUUUCAGUCGAAGUUCUUACCUAUCUUCAGCGUUCGAUGCAUCUUACCAUCUUCAAAAUCAGCCACAUCACCAGCCACCACCACUAACUCAUCAUUACUCACUCUCUUCUCAUCCCUGCGGUGCUUCAUAUCAUCAUCAAGAUCCUCAUGUUCAUCAUCUUCAACCACCACCACCUCUGUCGAGAUCUAGCUCAAACUACCAUCAAAAUCAGUAUCAACUAUGUCAUCAAAUAUUUCAGGGCGGCAAUGGUAUAACUAGUACCAGUGAUGUAUCAUUAACUAGGUUGGGUUCUUCAGCUACCAAAGAAGCAAGAAAGAAAAGAAUGACUAAACAAAGGAAGAUUUUUUCUCAUCAUCAAAGACAUGCACAAAACAAUCACCAAACAAGUACAUCGGAACUGCGGCAAACUAGGGUUUUGAAUGAUACAACGGCCACUAGUUAACAAACUUUCAACAAUUGGGUGUCUCCGUCUCCGUCUCCGUCUCCACGGCCGCCCACAACUGUUUGUGGUUUGAUGUCCCUGGUUAUGAUGGUUUUGGAUGGUC